ACGUCUAAUUUUUAAUUUUUCAUUUCAAGCUUAAAUUGAAAUCUGCUGUUACAAAGCCUUUUGUGACUCAUAGUCAUUCAUGCGUUUAUUUGAGUUUAAAAUCUCUUAAGCUGCGUAACAAAUUUAUUAUUGUUUUUGUUGUGGUUGGUUGGGUUGGUUUCGAGUUGUUUGAAAGUUAAUACCCUUAUUUCCUUUUACUUUAAAAUAAAUUUGAAUCGUAAAGUUUUGAAUUAAGAAUAAGUAAAUAAAAAUGCAGUGGGUUUUUAUGUUGUGUUCUACUGGAUAAGAUUUGUUCUGAUAUGAAAGGAAGAGUACUUUAUCAGUUUAUCUGUCAACAUCAUAGACGAAUUUCAUUUUAAGUGUUUUUUGUAAGUUUAUCUGAAGGUAAACAAAAGAAUAAUUUAGUAACGCUUUUAUGCUUGCUGUUUAAUGAGUUUAUUAUUUGAAUAUGAGGCACAGAUAACCAAUGGCUAAUAUAGAAAAUAAGGAUAAUAAAAAAGAAAACAAGAAGCGAUUUGUUAAGGCUCUUUACAGCUAUGUACCCGUUAACAAUGAUGAAUUGGCGCUAAAAGUUCACGACAUUUUGGAAGUUGUCGAGGAAACAGAAGAGGGAUGGUGGAAGGGAAUUUCGGAUGGAAAUGUUGGAAUGUUUCCAUCAAAUUUUGUCAUUGAGCUUGAUGGUCAUCCUGAAGAAUUCAAUAACAAAUUAAUGAAUGAGUUAAGUCCUACAAAAAAUUCAAGUAAAGGUAAAAACUUAGGAGAACAAGAGCCAAUGAUUCGUCAAGGUAAUGCGAGAGCAAGCUCGUGCUCUAUUUCCAUAUGAAGCCCAAAAUGAGGAUGAACUCUCUUUGAGAGAAGGUGAUAUUAUCAUUGUGAUAUCAAAAGAAGUUGAAGAUAAAGGAUGGUGGAAAGGAGAAUUGAACAACAAAAUUGGAGUUUUUCCAGAUAACUUUGUUAAACUUAUAAAAACAGAAGAACAGAAGAAACCCGAGAGGCCCGAUAAGCCAUCUACUGUAAUAGCUUCAAAAAUAAAUUUAAAAAGUGUAACACCUGAGAAAAGCAGUUCUGAAUUCUCCCCUAAGGUUGACAAAAAAGUAACCAAAACGCCUCCUGCUAAGCCUCCUCCUCCUGAAUUGCACAAAAAAGAUUCAGAACGGCCUCUUCCUCCUUGCCCCAGCAAAAAACCACAACCCCCUCAUCCAGUGAAAAAGCCUGUCAGAGUGUCCAUUGCUUCAAAAACAUCAGGAUUCACUAAUGCCCCUGCAACAGUUGCUAGUGUAAAAAGUCCUAUUUCAGAAGCUAGCCCACCUUUACCAACAUAUCCUCCACCAUCAUCGGAAAAAGUAGAAGAAAAGAAACCGAGCGAUAGCACAACUGAUAUAAAAGAUAAGACAACUGAUAUUAAAGCUCAACCUGACUUUGAUGUGAUUGAAACAAGCAGUAAAAAGCUUGUUCAUUUGACGGCAAGUCGGGCCAAAGCACCUAAUAGAAGACCUCCUUCAUUUAUCUUUCUUAAAGAAAAUGAAAAGGAUGCUAGUGCAAGCGUUAAGGACUCUAGAAGACGUAGUGAGCCAUUACUUGCGGAAAUGGAAUCCAUGAUUUCGUCAAAUGCUGAAACAGUCAUUACAAGUGCAAUUUCCUCUUUGGAGAAGAAACCAAAAGUCCCUCCUCCAAGACCCUUUUUACCACCCUCAGUGAAAACGAGCAGCACAAUCAAAAACAGUACAAUUCCUAAUGUAAAAGGGAGUUCUUUAUUUGAGGAAAAUUCCAAAAAAUCUUUGGAUGUGGAAAAGAAAGAUCACUUAUCCGAUGCUAUUCCCUCUGCUGUUGCACCAACUUUAAAGAAUGAGAUCAUCCCACAAAAAAGUGUUGAGUCAUCUUUUGUUUCUCUUAUAAAACCAGUGAAAUCAGAUAUAGAAUCACAUUCCAAUAAACUCUUAUCUGAUGCAAUCCCCCCUGUUGUUGCACCAGCUACGAAGAAUGAAGUACCACAAAAAAGUAUUGAGUCAUCUUUUGUUUCAUAUACAAAACCAGUGAAAUCAGAUGUAGAACCACAUUCCCGCACUGAAAACGGCGUACAAAAUAAUACAUUUGUAACUCAGAAAGAGUUCAAUGAAUUAUUAAAACAGGUAAAAGAACUGACAGACAUGUUAGAAGCAUACAAAAGUAAUUCCAAUAAGGCCAUCAGUGACUUAAAAGUAGAAUUAGAAGAAGAGAGAAAAAUGAGGCGCAAUAUCGAGAUAGAGCUUCAGACAUUUAAAGAUAGCCAAAAAACCUAGCAUAAA